GUCGGCUCCGGUCACCCGACACGCAAAAUAACACGAGUUCGUCUAGUUUAUCGGUUUAAUUUCAGAGUCGGGAUAUUAACAGUUACGUUUUUUUGAUUUUAAUUAUCUUACUGCGAGUUAAUUUCUGGAUUUUCUGUGCUUUUGUUUGUUACAAAUUUUACUAACGAUAUUAUUAUUAUAUUGGAUGAAAAUAAAAUAUUUAGAUAUGCACAGGUAUUGAAAACUAUUAAAGAAUCAUGGAACAGCAAAACUCGGUACGUGGUGACGAUGACACAGCUACCAGGCGAAAGUCAUUGGGUCGGCUUAAAGAUAUGUCCGUCGCGUGGGAUAUAAGUCCGCAAGGGGACAAGUAUACGCGCAACGAUGACACAGAACCAUGUUGUCCAAGUGGCCGAACCAUUAACGAAAAACGGACUUCGGUAGAUGGUCUGGUAGAUGUGGAACUAACGCGGAAACCACCGAAUAUGUCUGCUAUGGAAAUGGAGAGUAUUAAGGAACGGGAGAGGGCGUCAAUGUUAAGAAAAUGUGCUCAACAUUUGGAAUUAGAGAGUGUAAACGGAAAGUAUAGCAGAGAAAACUUUAAACGAGGAAUACUCAAUAAGGAAGUGCUAUCAAUAUUGUUUCAAUUAUUCGAUAAAGACAACGAAAAAGUACUCUUACAAGAACAAUGGAUACAAUCAUUAAAAGAGAGAUUACUGGAAGAAAAACAAGGAGAUUUAGCUGAACAGUUAGAAAGUGUGGCUUACGUACUCUGUGGUGAUCAACCUAUAAGCUUACAAAAGUUUUAUCAGAUAUUUCAAGCAAAAGGCAUCGUUGAAAAAGUAUUUCGACUUAUUGACAAGGAUUCUGACGGAAUCAUCACGCCAUCACAAGCAAUGGAUUUAAUAACUACGAUUACAUACUCUUCGAGAGUGAAAUCGGGAUUUGACAGUGAGAACUUGAUGUGGCUCGAACAGUUAUUUAGACAAACUGUUGGGGAUGAAAUGGAAAUCAAACGGGAUGAUUUCAAUAAAAUUUUAAUCACUAAGAACCCAUUCUUUACUGAACGUGUAUUUCAAAUAUUUGAUAAAGAUAAUUCUGGGUCAAUAUCGUUACACGAGUUCCUUGAUGCAAUGCACCAAUUUGCAGGACAAACGCCAGAUGACAAAAUUCGAUUUCUGUUUAAAGUGUACGACUUGGACGGCGAUGGUCUUAUACAGCACCGGGAAUUACAGCACGUUAUGCGUGCAUGUAUGGAAGAAAAUGGAAUGCAGUUUUCGGAAGAUCAAGUAGAAGACUUAACGAUGGCGUUGUUCGAAGACGCCGACAGCGAGUCCAGGGGUGCUAUUACGUACGAAGCUCUCAAAAAUCAAUUACAAAAACACAACGGAUUAUUGGAGAAUCUGUCGAUAAGCAUAGACCGCUGGCUAGUACCGCCUAAGCCAAAGCAGCCACCAGCUUCAGUCAGAGGAAAAAUCACUGCGUUGCGUCCGUAUCAGCUAACGUUGCCGUAUAUGCGCAACAAUUACGUUUAUUUGAUGUUUUUGGCUGUGUACGUAGUAGUCAAUAUAUUACUGUUCGGGACUAGGAUCUAUCAAUAUCGUAAUUCCAAUAUCUAUACAAUUCUCGCUAGAGCCUGUGGCCAGUGUUUAAACUUCAAUUGUACUUUUGUGUUGGUUCUUAUGUUAAGGCAUUGUAUUACGUUCCUCAGAACCCGCGGACUCUCAUUAUUUUUGCCUUUGGACCAACAUAUAUAUUUUCAUAAAAUUACAGGGUUUUUCAUAUUUGGUUAUAGUAUCCUCCAUACAUUUAUGCAUUUACUAAAUUUCAGUACCGUCAUAAUAUAUGAUCCAAAUUUAAACUAUGAAGGAUUCACAGUGUCCGAAUGGCUAUUUACCACCGACCCGGAAAUUUUCGGACUCAUAUCAGGAUAUGCUAAUCCCACGGGUGUUUUACUAAUCAUUAUUCUAUUCGUGAUGUUCAUUUGUUCACAGCCAUUCGUUCGUCGAGGAGGAUGCUUUGAGAUAUUUUAUUGGACUCAUUUACUAUACGUGCCUUUUUACUUACUCUUAAUUUUUCACUGUCCAAACUUUUGGAAAUGGUUGAUCAUUCCCGGAUUAUUAUAUUUAUGUGAACGUUUUUACCGUUUCUCGUUGAUGCGUUCCGAACAUGGAAAAACUUAUAUUAGUUCUGGUUUACUUUUACCAUCUAAAGUCACACAUUUGGUAAUUAAAAGACCUCCACAUUUCGAUUUCCAUCCUGGUGACUACGUUUUUGUAAAUAUACCGGCCAUAGCCAAGUAUGAAUGGCAUCCAUUUACUAUCAGUAGUGCUCCGGAACAAGAAGAUUAUAUGUGGUUACAUAUCCGCGGAGUUGGAGAAUGGACAAAUCGAUUGUAUUCAUAUUUUGAAGAAGAACAGCAAAAGUUGCAUUUGCUUAACGAAGAACUGCCUGAUUCUGUUAACAGUAAAACUUCUUCUGUAGAUACUAUAGAAUCUUCAAAAAUAAAAAAGCUACAAUCGUCUCUCCAGAGAACAUUUUCAGGAAGAACUGUGGAGGAUUCCACCAAAGGAAAAUUCAAAAAAGGUGGCGAUUAUAGUUAUACUAAUCAGAGUUUUAGUAGUUUACCGGAAGACUUUCAAAUUAGAGGUUCUGAGAACGACGGCACUUCUGGUAAUUCAAAAACUUCAAUGGGUAAUAAAAUGAGAAAAUCAGUGAAAAAGGCACCAAAUACCAAUCUCCACAAACUUGUUUUGAUUAACAAGGCCCCACUGUCGAAAUCUUUGUCUAUGCCUGAUAUGGACAAUCGUAUUAAAAAGAGAGAACGUCUAUUAGCCUUGCGAACUUACAUGCGAUCUGAAUCUGAAAAAAGUUUUGACGAAUGUCAAAUGAAAAGAGCAAGACUUCAAUCUUUAGGUUUAGCAUAUUUAAGCCCCCAAAAUAAGUCAUUAGCCCAAAGUUUUCGUUACAUGAGACAUAAGCCGACCAUCAUAGCAUUCAAAACGCCAAGCUUAGAAAAUUGCGAAACCAAAGUUUCGUCAUAUAGUAUCACAAUAGAAACGGUAAACAGUAUUACUAUUUUUGGGUAUGUCCGAUUAACAUCGUUUGAAACUUUAUUUAUUCUGUUUCAGUCGUCCAAUAUGGGCAGUAUGGAGUUUGUUACCAAUGAAAACAAGUCAAAAGAAAGAUCUAAAGAAGACAACAGUAGUCAAUCACCCAUAAAUUAUCCUGUAGGCAAACCACUGGAGAUUUAUCUGGUUGGACCGUACGGUGCACCUUCUAGUCACAUAUUCCGAGCUCAGCACGCCGUGAUGAUAGCCACGGGUAUCGGAGUCACACCGUUUGCUUCCAUAUUGCAAUCAAUCAUGCACCGAUACUGGAAAGCCCGACACACCUGUCCAAAAUGUAAAUAUACUUGGGCGAGUGAAAUACCACCGACAGUGAUGCAUCUCAGAAAAGUUGAUUUCUUUUGGAUUAAUCGUGAUCAAAGAUCUUUCGAGUGGUUUGUGAAUUUACUGUCACAACUAGAAAUCGAACAAGCUGAACUCGGUGGAGCUAUGGAGAGGUUCCUAGAGAUGCACAUGUAUAUAACGUCUGCUUUGCAAAAAACCGAUAUGAAAGCCGUUGGACUUCAAUUAGCUUUGGAUUUGUUACACGAAAAGGAAAAACGAGAUUUCAUAACAGGCUUGAAAACCAGAACAAAUGCAGGAAGGCCAAACUGGGAUAAAGUGUUCAAGCAAUUAUUAGACCAAAAGAAAGGAAAAAUCACAGUAUUUUAUUGCGGCCCGCCACAACUCGGUAGACUUCUAAGAGUUAAAUGUGAUCAAUUUGGAUUUGAUUUUCGAAAGGAAGUUUUUUAGAUUUAUAAAUACCCGUAGAGCGUGCUAUUAUCUCUUUGUUAUACUAUUAAUACAACAUAAAAAUUUUUACACGUUUAUUUUGUAUGUUUAAUAUCUCGAUGUUACCAUUUUGUCAAAGAGAAGACUGUAAAAUAUGUUACCAAUUUAUCAUAUCACAAUCAAUUAUUUUA